AUGUCCGAGGCCAAGCACGAAGCCAUGCCGGUGUUGGUCAGAGCUUUGGAUAACCUCCUGGGAACAGAGGAUCUGCGCAAGGAGGAUGGAAUCUACGAGCGGGAGUUCCGCUUGAUUUUGAACAUCAUCUAUCUGCAGCUUCUCUUCACUGAAGAUGACCGGGAGUUGGUCAAGUUUCUAGAGCAAGGCUGCGGUCGAAUGGGAGCAUCUCUGUGCAGCUUGCUCUUCGAAGCAGCCAUGAAUUGCUUGGACACCGACAGGAUUUUGCCCAUCAAAAAGGUCAUUCUUCUCUUUCUGCGGCUCUUGCAGCGGUUGCUGGUGAUCCCUGACAAGGUGCUCUACCCCCUCUUGGAGCCCAGACCAGGCGACACCAUUUCCUUCCAACGCCCCAGGGUGAUGGAUUUCCAAGCCUUCACAUCUCUCCACUCCCAUCAGAGGCAGAUUCGGGCCAAGUACAGUGGCAGUGGCUAUCCUGCUGCAGUGGAGGAAGGGCUACGUUUAGCUGAACAAUACGAGGACGAAUUCCUGGCCAGCUAUUCGUUUCACCCCAGCGAGUUGGACUUCAUGAAGGACUCGGAGGUCCUGAAGGAUGCCUACCUCAGAUACGAGGAGCUACGUCUGCUGGCGGGAAGCAGUUCCCGCGGUGGGCGGUUGUUGUCUCGGCAGACGCGGAAGGCGCGGAAGCGCCAGGAGUUGAAUGUCACGGACAUCCAUCGGCUGGCGGCUGCGACGGCGUCAUCGUACCCAUCCGGAGCAUCCGGAGGAGAUGGAGGAUCCGCCUCCACAUCGAGGGAAUCCAGCCUGUCAAGCUCCAUUCGAUCUCAAGCGUCCAUUGGCUCGGCAGUGACUGAGGAACUUAAUCGCAACGCAAUUCCACAGCCGUCCGCAAUGGAAUGGCUUCAGAAGUACCGUCAAGAGUAUGCAGCUGCGCCCGACACCGUGCAGCAGCUCCUCGCUUUUGCACGGAACCGUGGAGGUUCUUUGUCCUUUUCCGAGGCUCAGAGGUUAUUCCACCAGGGCUUGCACCUAAAGCCCGAGGAGGAGCAGGAGGAGCCUAGUGAGCAUCCGUGGCUGCAUCCGUGGCUACAGUCUUCUGAUGCUGAGCUCGCGUCCGAUUGUCCCCUGGCAGACUAUGGUGGCUACUUGUCCUCUGAUGACGAUCUGGAUCUGCAUCCUAAUUUUCGGGGCGAAAGAAUGCAACACUUCGAGCCAUCACAACAUUCCAAGGCAGCCAACGGCCAAACCGAAGACCAGUAUUCACGCGCUGAAUUGAUUUUCCUGGCCUUCAUUGAAAUGGACCGCGGCGCUAAGGGCUUUCUGGGUGAAAGUGACUUAAAACCGUUUGCAGAGCUGACAGGUUUUGAGGGCACAGAGUCGGACUGGAAGGAAGAGUUCCACGCACUGAGACAACAAUGUGGUGGCGAGAUCAACUUCAGACGAUUUGAGCAAUUGGUCAACGACCAGUCAGAGUGUGGUUGCUACGCUUCUGAUGCGCAGCUUCAAGACCUGCUAAUUCUCCUGAAGGAAUUUCCUGGAGGUUUUCCUGGAGGAUUCGAGGCGGACACGUUUCUCAACGGGGGGUCAUAUCAAGGCCAUGGAUCCAACACUGCAGAGCCGGCGGAUCCUACGCCGCCAGAUCCUACUGCCGAGGAUGCGCACAGACCGCUGCAGCAGUUGAAGGCUGAGAAUGCAGCACUGCGUGAGCGGCUGGCUUCAUUUGAAGCUUCCGCCCCAGCCUUUGUUCAGACGGCGGAGUGGCUGAGGACGGAACUGCCAAAACUCCUCGCGGCUGAUUACUGGCAGCCAACACAAGUGGAGAUACCAAUCUUGGCACUGCGAUUUACGCAUGCCAAUGUCAAUGCCUCUUUAGCAUUUGGAGAUUCACAUGAGAAUAACCAAGAGAAUAUCUUGAAGCUGUUUGACCAGAUGUUUCGGAAUAGAGUCCGCCCACACGAAGUGGAGCCGUUAUGUGUCAAGCUGCCACAGAGUUUGGAUGACAAGAAAGGGAUCAGGUCUCGAAACAAUCGAAGAUUACUGGCUCUCCGAGCACUUCAGUCUUGCAGACUGGAGACAUGCAUCAUGGUGCCGUGCAGGGUGCAUUCUCACUCUUACUACAUGUACUAUGAAAAGUUUCGAUCGUGGUUCAAUCACGGCGACGAUGGAGGCCCAGGUUGGAGCAUCAGAAGCCGCGAGGGCAGAAGCCACCAUCGAGGUGUCAUCGCAUUCAACAACGCCGAUGCUGCCAUUAAGGGUCUCAAGAACCUUGCAAUGCGGCGCGAGCAAGCUGGCUCUUCCUUUGAAAAUGAGAGAACCUUUUCUCUUUCAGAACUCUGCGAGAAGCUGAAGAAAAAACAAGCUGGGUGGGAUUGGGAGGAGGAGACCUUGACUCUUCAAAGUGAGGCAGAUCCAGAGUGGUCUUCGAAUCCCUGGGCCGGAUGGCAGCAUCAGUAG